AAACUUCACACCCGGCGAAGAGGAGAGGAGCUUCAUAAAUGGCGGAAUAACCUAACGAAAAAUCUCAAAAUCAAAUUCACACAUUGCUCCACACCGCCAUUCAAUGGAUGGGGGAACUGGAAGAGCUAAACAGGACUUAUCAUCAUUAUCAUCAUCAUCAUCAUCAAAUAAUAAUAAUAAUCCGGUAAAACAGAAAUUUACAGUGUAUCAAAAUCCAGCAAUUUCUGCUGCCCUAACUAACAACAGUCUCCGUCCUUCCAUUUCUACUUUCCUCUUCAUUCUCUCCAUUGUCUCCUCUUCCGCUUAUUCUCUCGCUUCCUUCAUCCUCAGGGAAAACGACUUUGUUGACAGUUCGAAGCUCAGAUUUGUUACACAAGACGUUGCUUAUAUAUUUUUGAAAGUGACACAGGCUGUUUUGGCUCUGGUUUUAAUUGGAUCUUUAUUUGCGCUUCUGAAAGCCAUCUCGUUAUGGAAAACAAAAGCUGCUAAACCUGUAUCUACCUCUAAUGGCACCAGUGACCAUAUAAAUCUUAGCAACCGACAAUUAGGUCUGUUGGGAUUAAAGUCGAAGGUUCAGGAAGUCGAUUCAAACUCUUCAAAGGAACCAACCAAAGCUAAGGUUAAAACAACACCUUCAAAUACUCUUGUCCCCCUUCACCAACCGUUUAUGGGAUCAGGCCAUAAAAGUCGUAUAAACAGUGAAAAAUCGAUUACCAGUAGUGGAAAAAAGAUGCAUUCUUUCAGUACACCAUCUAAACCACCCGUCUCCUCAUCAGUCUAUCUUGUCCCUUCACAAUCACCAAAUAUGAAGACAUCAUCAGGCUCGGACAAAUAUGUUUCCACUCCUUGGUCAAGUAAACGAGCAUCUUCUACCAGAGAGAUAUCAACUGAAGAACAGCUUGAAACUUUUUUAGCAGACAUUGAUGAAAAGUUUUCCAUGUCUGCUGGUAAAAUGACUACCCCAUCUCCCACAGUACCUGGGUUUGGUAUAUCUAGUCCCGGUACCAACACUUCUGGUACUACCAGAAGUACACCGCUAAGGCCUGUUCGCAUGUCCCCUGGUUCUCAGAAGUUUAGUACCCCACCAAAGAAAGGAGAGGGUGAUCUUCCUCCUCCCAUGUCAAUGGAAGAGUCAAUUAAUGCUUUUGAACGCCUAGGUGUUUAUCCACAAAUCGAGCAGUGGCGUGACCAUCUUAGACAGUGGUUCUCUUCGGUUCUGCUGAAUCCAUUGCUUGUGAAAAUUGACAACAGCCACUUAAAGGUCAUGGAUGCUGCUACUAAACUCGGCAUAUCUGUUACAAUCAGCAAAGUAGGAAUUGAUUCCACUGUAGGAUCUACUGCAGCUGUCUCUUCCAAUGAGAGAAAUAAUGAUUGGCAGUCUGCAUAUACCCUUGAGGAAGAAGGCCUUCUUCUUCAGUUACGUACUACUCUUGUGCAAACUCUUAAUGCUAACUUAUCAAGGUCUUCUCUAGGUGGUAUUCAACAAAUGCAAGUUCAGAACCCUUCAAUCCCUCUCAUUCAGGAUUGUAUAGACGUAAUAACUGAACACCAGAAGCUUCUUGCUAUAGUGAAAGGGGAGUGGACAAAGGGCUUGCUACCACAGAGCAGUAUACGGCCAGAUUAUACAGUACAGAGAAUCCGAGAACUUGCUGCAGGAACCUGCGUUAAGAAUUACGAAUAUACAACCAACAGAGACAUCUUGAAUAAGAAAUGGACUGAAGUUCCCACAGACUCUCAUCUGCUGUUGUAUCUUUUUUGUGCUUUCCUGGAACACCCAAAAUGGACGCUACAUGUGGAUGCUACCUGUCAUGCUGGUGUCCAGUCUAGCAAAAAUCCUUUAUUUUUGGGUGUACUUCCACCAAAAGAACGGUUUCCAGAGAAGUACCUGGCUGUCAUUUCCGGAGUGCCCUCAGUGUUACACCCUGGGGCUUGUUUAUUGGCUGUUGGGAAACAAAGCCCCCCUGUCUUUGCCUUGUAUUGGGAUAAAAAGCCCCAGUUUUCUUUUGAGGGGAGAACAGCUCUUUGGGACUCUGUAUUGCUUUUAUGCCAUAAGAUUAAGACUGAUUAUGGUGCCAUCGUUAGGGGAACGCAUCUGGGUUCUUCAGCCUUGGGUAUUCUUCCCAUUUUUGUUGAAGAAAACAGUGAGUGACAUUUCCCAUAUCUUCUUGAAACAGAGUUCACUGUUGACUGAACGUGUUCAAAGAAAGCUAAUUAGCAUGACUAGGGACAUUUUAUAUGUUAGAGGACGGCUGAUUGACUUUUGUAGCAGUUAUUUGUGUUAGUAAAGGCUGGUUAAAAUUUUGGGUAUUUAUGUGUUAAGCAAGGAUUGCAAGCAUUGUUAAUCAACAUUUUUUUUGUAACUCGGUACCAAGAAUAGGUGAAAUGCAUGUUAGAGAAGUGUCGGCUACCUGGCUAGUAGCUAGUAAUGCAGUGUUAAGAUAAGCUUGACUGACAUAUUUGAUGUCUAUUUAUCUUAUCAGUUGGAUCCUGUAUAUGCUGUUUAUCAUUUAUAAUCACAUUCAUAUAUUUGAAGA